AUGCUGUUCUCGAAGUCACUCGCGUCAUCGCAAAACCACAAUCCACUGUCUAAUUCCCCUCUUUCCCAAGCCACCACCACCUCUUCUGCUACAAUGUGGCGCGUCGGUGCACUCCCAGCGAACUUUGCCCAUGGCUAUGCCGAAGUACCAGGGUUCGUCCCUCCAUCCAAGAGCAAAAGGAGAGCCGCCAAAGCCUCACGCGACCCCUCGCCAAAUACCCGAGCAAAGCCAGUUUUGACGAGUCUGGCUGCAUCGCAGACAACCCUUUCGCUCCAUUCGACAGAGUCAUCAGACACCAACUCUACCAAAUCAUCCCGUCACGACCAUGACAGAAAAUCGCUAGCGUCUCCCAUUACCUCUUCUCUUCGUCUCCUCCGUCGAAGUCGGUCAUCAAGCAUCUCCCAUACUCCGCCUCCGCCAGUUCCACCUAUACCACCCGUAAACGACCAGCUGCCCCCGCCAAUAAAGCGGUCAAAUAGCUAUAAAACCCGGAGUAAACCCGCAGUGCUGGUUCGUUCGCGCUCGCGGCCGUCACUAGACAGUGAACGACAUGAGACCCCAGUACCAGGCCAUUCACACACACUCCUCAAUGACUCCGCGUAUCCUCCGAUGCCUACUCGGCUGCAGCUCGAUAUCCCACCGUCUCGUCGAAGCAUGUCCCGUGAUCCCAGCUCAGGCUCGAGCUCGAGCGCUACCAUGACGCCAGCUGUGACGCCAGUCCAGAAGACUGGAGUUGCCUUCGAACGAACAGACACUGUGGACUCUACCGUCAGCAGUCUUCUCGAGUUCGCUGAUCCGGUGCCCGUUACGGGGAUGGCUAAGGCAGCGGCCAAGUACCAGUCGACGUUGGGCCAGGAUAUCGAAGCUGACGUGCGAGAAGGAAAUAAGGAUUGGACGAUGGAAGAGGACAGGCCCGUCAAAUUAAAACGGUCUGGCAGCUUGAGCAAGCUGGCCAAAACGCUGGGUUUCGGGGUUUCGGAUAUGCCACCUCCUCCUCCAAGGCUGCCGCUGUCUCCGCCUAUUGCCGCUCCGCUUGCGCAUCCCCCAAUUCCAAUGCGACCCUCCGCCACCCUACCGCCCAUCCGACCACCGCGCUCCCCAGCCAGACUGACGAAACAAGUUGGGCAUUCGCGACGGUGGAGUAUAUCGAGCUUUGCAAGCUCUACAAACUCGGAAAAUCACGACUCGGAGCUGAUGACGACCCAGUCCGAAGCACAUGGUGUCUCGCGAGCGCUGCCUAUACCGCAGAACUUUUUCGUGAAGGAUGCGGCUGUUGAACCUGAGAGGACUUCAGCAGUGCUGCGUGCGGAAUACCUUCCUUCUGCUCAGAUACCCAAGAGCGCGCGGGGAGCUGACCAGAGCUGGUACGGGGAGUGGAAUCGACGCGACAUCCGGGAUGUCAUUAGCUCUUUGCGAGAGCUACGAUGA